AAAUAAAUUAACAUGAUGAUGUCAGAACAUUAAAAUGUAAAUAAAGUGAAUCAAUUGUUAGAAGUUGUCAAUUAUUGUGAUUAAAAAUUAAUUUAUAUCGAUGUCUGUUAUUCAAUUGUGAACAAAAAUUUGUGAUUUAGCUAUUUAAGCCAAUAUUAGUAUAAAUUUAUAAAAUAGCGUCAUUUGACACACACACAUAAAAAAGUUUGACGCCGUCGCCACAAAAGAGGUUUGCUCAAAGUUUGCCGAAGAAAAAAGUGAUAGAAAUAAAUGAGAAGAAAACCAGAAUUAAAACGAGAAAAUUAGUGUGAUAACGAAGUUGACAUAAAAAGACAAAUAACAAUCAUCAGUAUUAUUGUUGAAAACACUUAAAGUGCUAAAAUUGCUAAAAUUAACAUAAAUUAACGCAGAAAUUGUUUUCAAAGAAAAACAACAAAAAUGAGAUAAAUCUGCUUUUAAUUUAAUUUUUUGUACAAAAAUAUUUCGAAAAAAAAAAAAAUUUAAUUAGUUUUUAAAGACAAGAAACAAUGGAAAAUUUAGUGCUCGCAUUUGUGACCUUAAUCGUGGCGUCAUUGCCACACUUUAGUUCCUGUAAAAUGUUCGAUUGCAGCGCGUCGCCCGAAAAGUGUUUGCAGCUGCACAAAUUGAAAUAUGACGUUUUGACUGAAAACGAAAAAUUACCACCGCCGUGCCCGAGUGAAAUCUUCUGCCAUGGCAAACUCCUGCAUACUGUACAAAUGGCGGGCAUUUAUAACGAUUCCAAGACAUUCGUUGACAUGAAAUUGCAUGCGAGCCCCAAAGAAACGCUCGAAAAGUUCAAUACUUUCAUGCAAAGUACGAACGAAGCUCCAACAAAGCCGGAAAUCAAAAAAUGGGUUGAAGAAAAUUUCGAUCAACCAGGCAGUGAGUUCGAAGAUUGGAUCCCCGAUGAUUGGAAACGUGAACCGCAAUUCUUGGAACGCAUCAAGGAUCACGCGUUACGUGAAUGGGCGAGCGAUUUGAAUCACUUAUGGUUGAAAUUGGGUCGUAAAAUGACGAAAGAUGUGCAAGAUCACAACGAAUUGUAUUCAAUAAUUCACGUAGAAAAUCCCGUAAUUGUUCCGGGAGGUCGUUUCCGUGAAUUUUACUAUUGGGACUCGUACUGGAUCAUUCGUGGCUUGUUGUUGUCCGAGAUGCAUCACACCGCCAAAGGAAUGUUGCUCAAUUUCCGUUCGAUCGUUCAGCGAUACGGUUUCAUCCCGAAUGGCGGAAGAAUUUAUUAUUCGGCAAGAUCGCAACCGCCAUUGCUUGCGGCGAUGAUUAAGACGUACGUUGAAGCGACGGGCGACACGGAGUUUGCGAAGGAGAGUGUUGAUGAUUUGGAACACGAAUUCAAUUUUUGGUUGAAUAAUCAUGCCGUGGUUGUGAAUGGUUACACGUUGGCAGUUUAUGGCGACAAAUCGACGGGCCCGAGACCCGAAUCGUACAGAGAAGAUGUCGAAACGGGACAUGAUUUGCCCGAUGAUGCGGCGAAAGAAGAGUAUUAUUCGGAAUUGAAAGCCGGCGCGGAAAGCGGUAUGGAUUUCAGUAGUCGGUGGUUUAUUAAAGACGGAACGAACAAGGGAACGUUACGUGAUCUUAAAACGCGUUCAAUUGUACCAGUGGAUUUAAAUGCAAUUUUGUACGAAAAUGCCCUUAUUAUUUCGGAAUUUUAUGCAUUGAGCGGCGAUGUUAACAAAGCAAGAAAUUACAAAGAAAAGGCAGAUGAGUUGUUGACGGCUAUCAACAAAGUCUUAUGGCACGAUGAUGUCGGCAUGUGGUUAGAUUACGACAUGUUAAAUGACAAACGUCGCGAUUACUUCUGCGCCUCAAACUUGUGGCCCUUAUGGUCAAAAGCUUACAACAAAGCUGACGAACCCAAAAUUGUCCAAAAAGUUCUUGCGUACAUUGAGAAAAACGGUUUAGAUGAAUACCCAGGCGGCGUUCCAAACACAUUUGAGCAAACAGGAGAACAAUGGGACUUCCCAAAUGUUUGGCCUCCAUUGCAGUACGUCGUUGUCAUGGGCAUGAACAACUUGAACGAUCCCGAGGCAAAACAAAUGGCUUACAACUGGGCAUUGCGAUGGGUUCGCUCGAAUUUCAUCGCUUAUCGUGACACGCGCGCCAUGUACGAGAAAUAUUCCGCUGUCGAGCUUGGCGGACACGGAGGCGGCGGCGAAUACGAAAUUCAACUUGGCUUUGGCUGGUCCAAUGGCGUCGUAAUGGAUUUCCUCGCAAAAUGGGGCGACAAAAUGACAGCUUCAGAUCAUCAAGAAAAUAGUGCAAUGAGUGUCGUUGUCGCAUCUCCCGCCACACAAAGUAUACUCGCAACACUGAUGGCCUUCUUAUCAACAAAUUUAUCGAGAGUAUUUCAAAAUAUAAAACGAGCACUUGGACUGGAGUAACACGAUUGAAUUAAUACCAAAAUCCGAGAUAAUCCUCCCUUUAUUGGAUUUUUAAUAAAAAAAUGUACGACAAAAAUUCCCUUUUUUUAAUCCGAGUCGAAAAUAAUUAUUUUUCAAUUAAAUCGAUUUUUAUUGAAUUAAAAUUAAUUCUCUGUACCGUUUUUUCAUUAAAUAUUUUUACAAAAGUAAUUGAAUAAAAAUCUCUUUAUC